AUGUCGGGCAAGACGACGAAAAUGUCUGGUGAAAAGGAAAAACGAAGGAUGAGUGUCUUAGUCCUGAGACGCCCCGGGUUACAGUCUUGGAUCUUGAAUCUCAGCUUUGUCAUUGUACUUCUUGCAACCCUGCCACAAGAAAGCAAUUGUGGAGCUAAUGAAAGAAGAUUGCUAAAAGACCUCUUGGAUAAAUAUAAUACUCUGGAACGACCGGUUGCGAAUGAAAGCGAAGCGCUGGAAGUCAAAUUUGGUAUAACACUUCAACAAAUAAUUGAUGUGGAUGAAAAGAACCAGAUUCUCACAACCAAUGCAUGGCUGAAGUUGGAGUGGACGGAUUACAAUCUUCAGUGGAAUGAAACAGACUAUGGCGGUGUGAAGGAUUUAAGAAUAACCCCAAACAAACUUUGGAAGCCGGACGUUCUUAUGUACAACAGUGCGGAUGAGGGUUUUGACGGGACGUACCAAACAAACGUGGUGGUCACGCAUAACGGCAGUUGCCUGUACGUCCCACCGGGCAUCUUCAAGAGCACAUGCAAGAUAGACAUCACUUGGUUCCCCUUUGACGACCAACACUGUGACAUGAAGUUCGGAUCCUGGACCUACGACGGCAACCAGCUCGAUCUCAUACUCAACUCCGAGGAGGGAGGUGACUUGUCCGAUUUCAUCACAAACGGAGAGUGGGACCUCAUCGGAAUGCCUGGCAAGAAAAACACAAUAAGAUACCAAUGCUGCCCGGAGCCAUACGUCGACAUCACAUUCACGAUACAUAUCCGCAGGCGGACACUCUAUUACUUCUUCAAUCUCAUCGUACCAUGUGUACUUAUAUCCAGUAUGGCACUACUUGGCUUCACCCUGCCACCAGACUCUGGCGAAAAACUCACCCUAGGAGUGACGAUUUUGCUAUCGCUGACGGUGUUCCUGAAUCUUGUUGCUGAGACCCUGCCACAGGUCUCCGAUGCGAUACCGUUGUUAGGUGUUACGAUCCUGUUGUCACAGACGGUGUUUUCGCUGCUGGUGGCCCACGUGUUGACGCGAUCCUCUGAAGCGGUGCCGCUCAUAGGAACGUACUUCAACUGCAUAAUGUUCAUGGUGGCGAGCAGUGUGGUCCUAACAGUCCUGGUGCUCAACUAUCAUCACAGGACGGCGGAUAAUCACGAGAUGCAGCCAUGGGUCAAAGUAGUCCUGCUUGAAUGGCUUCCAUGGAUGCUGGGUAUGAGCAGACCUGGAAGAAACAUCACAUGGAAAACCAUAACAAACAACCGCAAGAUGCGGGAAAUGGAGCGGAAAAAUAAAAGUAGCAAGAGCCUCAUUGCAAACGUUCUUGAUAUGAACGACGAUUAUCGAUUGAAGCCCACGGUGUCUAGUGUCAGUUCAACUUACGCUCGCACCUCGGGUCACGACACGCCUCGCAGACCGACCACCGUCGAGGAAACCACUAUCGGAAUGCCCUACAAUGGGACUUCUUGCCAUUACAGCGAGCUCAAGAAUAUACUUAGUGAGCUACAGUUUAUUACUAAACGUAUGAAAAAAGCCGACUGGGAGGCUGAGGUCAUCAGCGAUUGGAAGUUUGCUGCCAUGGCUGUUGACAGGCUGUGCCUGAUUGUAUUUUCACUAUUCACGGUGAUUGCAACGAUAGCAGUUCUUUUAUCAGCGCCACAUAUAAUCGUCCAGUAGUAAACUGCCCAGGCCCAGCAGCCAAAAAACCUUUCCGAAGAAGGCUCCUCCUGAUUCUAGUCAUGGAAGAACGAAUCAGCCAAGUCACUAAGAAUAGUCUCACUGGAAACAGUCGGUCACGUAGUGGACAAGUUUACUACGCAAAAGUUCGUCUACAGCUUGCGAACAAACCCGAAGAGUAAGAGUGUUUGCUCACUUUUCUCAUUGGUAGUUUGCAAAACUGUUGACUCGAUAACACGAAUUUAAUUUAUAAGUAAACGACGUGAAAGGAAUAAAUUUAUUACAAGACCAAAAAAAGACUUGGCUACUAUUCGUCCAUGUGAACCUGCAGGAAAAUUCUUCAAAGACCUUUCAACAAAAAAAAUUCUCCAAGUACUUUCGAUAACUUCCAACUCUACACAUUAUCUUCUCGACGCUAUUCUCCGACGAGUUUGUCAAAAGAAAAUCAUCA